UCUCUCUCACUCGUCGUUCCGACUCUGUCUCUCUCGGGGGUCGGGGAAGGGGCUGUCACGUUAGCAGCUUUUUAUGUUUGCGUAGUUGAGAUGGAAAUACAAGACAGCCCCUGCCGCACCAACACGACCCAGAAGCCGAAGACGAAGACGAAGACGACGACGGCUUCGGCUGUUGAAUUCCCGCAACAGAAGCAGAGGCAGCCCCCAGAGCCCAGACCCACCAAUAAGGAGCACAAGGAGGAGGGAGAGAAGCAAUCUAAUCAGAAGAAGCCCCGUUCUAAUUCCUCAGACAUGGCGAGGAGACCACCAACUGCUGAUGAUCCCCUGACCAACCCUUCAUGGUUCACCCCCAAAAGGCUGCUCAUAAUAUUCUGUGUGAUCAACAUGUUGAAUUAUGUUGAUCGAGGAGCGAUCGCGAGCAAUGGUGUGAAUGGAAGUCGUGGUACAUGCACAGAGAAAGGAAUUUGCACGUCAGGAACAGGAAUCCAGGGUGAUUUUGACUUGAAUAAUUUUGAAGACGGUGUUUUGUCGUCCGCAUUCAUGGUUGGGCUUCUCAUUGCUUCUCCAAUAUUUGCAUCUUUGGCAAAAAGCAUCAAUCCAUUUAGGCUUAUUGGAGUUGGACUUUCGGUCUGGACUUUUGCUACGGCUGGGUGUGGAAGUUCUUUCAGUUUUUGGUCAAUCGCCAUAUGCCGCAUGUUGGUUGGUGUUGGCGAAGCUUCUUUCAUCAGUCUUGCUGCACCAUUUAUUGAUGAUAAUGCUCCUGCAGCUCAGAAAACUGCAUGGCUGGCAAUGUUUUACAUGUGUAUACCCACUGGAGUUGCUUUGGGCUAUGUAUACGGUGGAUUUGUUGGAAAUCACUUAAAUUGGCGGUAUGCAUUUUGGGGAGAGGCCUUGUUGAUGCUUCCAUUUGCUGUGUUGGGAUUUGUGAUGAAACCUUUGCAGUUAAAAGGUUUUGCUCCUGCUGGAUCGAAGAAGGCCGCAUCUGUUGUGACAGCUGAUGCUGUCAGUGAAGAAGUCUCAGACUUGAAUGGAAAUGUGGGAGGUAGCAGCAAAACAGCCAAUAAGACUUCCAAGUUGGAUACUACUUCUGGGCUUUGGUUCCAGUUGUCGAGAUUUAUGAAUGACAUGAAAGCGCUUCUCGUUGAUAAAGUUUAUGUCGUGAAUGUUCUUGGUUAUAUAGCCUACAACUUUGUUAUUGGAGCUUACUCGUACUGGGGCCCGAAGGCUGGUUAUAACAUUUAUCAUAUGAAAAGUGCUGAUAUGAUGUUUGGAGGGAUCACAAUAGUUUGUGGGAUCUUAGGAACAAUAGCAGGAGGAUUCAUUCUCGACCGAAUGACUGCGACGAUAUCUAACGCUUUUAAGCUUCUUUCUGGGGCAACGUUGCUGGGAGCAGCAUUCUGCUUUGGUGCCUUCUGUAUGAGGAGCUUGUUCGGUUUCAUGGUCCUCUUCUCAGUGGGCGAACUUCUUGUAUUUGCUACACAGGCUCCAGUUAACUUUGUGUGCCUGCAUUGCGUGAAACCAAGUCUCAGACCAUUAUCAAUGGCAAUGUCAACAGUCUCAAUCCACAUCUUCGGCGAUGUCCCUUCAUCCCCACUUGUUGGGGUUCUCCAGGAUCACGUUAACAACUGGAGGGAGACCGCACUUAUUCUGACAUCCGUCCUGUUUCUUGCUGCUGGAAUUUGGUUUAUAGGGAUUUUCAUGAAGAGCAUGGACAGGUUCAACGAAGAUGUUGAAAACCAAUGUCCCACCAACAAGAAAGCCGCCUUGGAGCCUCUGCUUGAAGGGAACGAAAAGGAUGAUGUGCCGGAGAAUCGGAAUAAAGCUUAGAUUCCUAUGUGGACUUUUUACUCGGUGAUCAAUCUGCACUUUCCAUCUCCAUAGAGCUGCUGGGUUACUGCAUACUAAAGUCAUUCCUGGAUCAAAGAUUGUGUGAUAACAGAUAUAUUCCCCCGCUGCUACUGUGAACGACGGAGUGGUGAAGGUUGAUCCCCAUUGUGAAGCUCUUGGGUGCUUGGGGGUUUUAAAGCUGGAGGAUGUAGAAUUUCGCUCGCUUAAUAUAUGAUCGAUCGACAAUUCGGGGUGAAGUUAUGAUGAGGUGAUUGAAAUGUAUUUAUUCGUCAGGAUCACGGUGUCUUUGGUAUCUUCGUCAUGCAGGGUUUGAAUCAAGCUUGUAAAUAUAUACUAAUGCUUUUCCGUUCACUAUUCUGUCAAAUAUUUCCAUAUAUUCAAUCUCGAUCUUCUGUUUUUACCAUUCCA